UGCGGCUAUUAUGAUUAGAAUUUAUGACAAAAACACGUCUAGCAACGAGUAAGCAGAUUACAGCAAUACGCUUUACUUUUAGUCAGAGCAGGGAAUAGGUAAGUGGUAAUUAUGUCUUUCCAAGUUCCAAUAUAUCCUAUAGGGUAUAGGGCAUACAAGACGCUUUAAAAUUACAGAGUUUGGAAGGCGUAUGCUUUGAAAAGAUUUUCAUACAGCAGGUGUAGGUGGGUCUAAUAAGACUUACUACGAUUACUACAAAGCUGUAAUAUAUGGAGGGAGGUAUAUGAUGACAUAGGCUUGGCGGUACACCCUAAAUGAUGACUUGUGUGACUUGGUAAAUCUUGCAGCAAUGCGGUGCUACCAUUGGAUUUAGUGCCGCCUGAGAGUACCACCGCGCAACAAGCGGCGCCGCGGAGAGAUGUACCAUCGUAGUGAGAUGGAGGUAUCGCAAGUUCGUAAUAUCGUCAUCGAAAGACCAUUGUACGAACAGGAUCAGCUCAGGAGAGAUUUGGAGUAUGAGAAGCCGAAGAAGUCAUUAUGCCCUUCACCAUGCGAUUCAAAAGAGGUGACACUCAAGAAAGUUAUAUCAAGUAGAGUACCAGUUAUCGAAUGGCUAAGUCAUUACAAUUGGAAGCAUGAUCUGAUGUCAGACAUUGUCUCAGGAAUUACUGUUGCGAUAAUGCAUAUACCACAAGGUAUGGCGUAUGCUCUAUUGGCAAAUGUUCCAGCAAUAGUAGGGAUAUACAUGGCCUUUUUCCCAGUAUUAGUUUAUUUCAUAUUUGGUACUUCAAGACACAAUUCUAUGGGUACGUUUGCUGUGGUAUGUCUGAUGACUGGAAAAGCAGUUUUAGAACAUAGUGACCCGGUGUAUUUUAGAAGUUUGGAUACCAUACCAAUGUCUCUUAAUACAUCAACUGGGUAUUCACCAAUGCAAGUAGCUUCUACAGUGACAUUUACUGUAGCAAUGUUUCAGAUAGCAAUGCAUAUAUUGAAGUUGGGUGCAGUGAGUGCUGUGUUAUCUGAAACAUUAGUUAGCGGUUUCACUACUGGGGCUGCCAUUCAAGUUACUGUUUCUCAGUUCAAAGAUUUAUUAGGUCUUCGAAUACCUAAAUUCAAAGGAUACUUUGUAGUAUAUCAGACAUUACAUGCGAUCGCAGAAAACAUAGGAUCUGCUAACACAGCUGCUCUUAUAAUAUCAGCUGUAACUAUUUCAGUAACAUCGUUCAACAAUGAAGUCUUAAAGCCAUUAGUAGCAAAGCGAUCAGUGUUUCCCAUACCUAUAGAAUUGAUAGCAGUUGUAUUGGGAUCAACUGUAUCAUACUACUGCAACCUAGCAGAUAAUUAUGGCGUGAGGGUCGUAGGAGACAUACCACAAGGAUUGCCUUCACCGGAGCUUCCACAGUUCGCAUUAAUACCAGCAGUGAUCGUUGAUGGACUGACUAUUGCAAUUGUAUCAUACGCCGUAACGUUGUCCAUGGCACUGAUAUUCGCUCAGAAAUUAAACUACGAAAUUGAUUCUAACCAGGAACUCUUAGCAUUGGGUUUGUCAAAUAUUGUAGGUUCCUGCUUCCACUGCGUUUCAAUUUGCGCAUCGCUGUCAAGAUCGUUGAUUCAACAAGUAGUUGGAGGUAAAACUCAAGUCGUAUCCUUAGUAUCAUGCAGCAUCUUAGUUGUGAUACUUUUAUGGAUUGGUCCAUUCUUCGAACCACUACCAAAGAGUGUCCUUGCAAGUGUAAUUGUGGUAGCCCUAAAAGGAAUGCUUCUUCAAGUGAAAGACCUCGUAAGGUUCUGGAAACUGAGUAAAAUGGACGCCCUAAUCUGGUUAAUCACAUGCUUGUCAGUAGUGGUGAUUGGAAUCGACAUAGGGUUGCUAGCUGGAGUGGCCGUCUCACUCGUCGCCAUACUCGCACUUAAUUUUAGGCCAUAUGUUUGUCUGCUAGGAAGGGUACCUAGUACAGACAUGUACGUGGAUCUUAGUAGAUACAGACAGGCCAAACAAAUUGACGGUGUUAAGAUUUUCCAGUACAGUGGAGGAAUAAAUUUUGCAACAAGAAAUAUUUUCAAGGCUAGUUUAUAUGAGCUAAUUGAAUUGAAUCCACAGAAAGAACUAGCCUACAGGACUAAACUUGCUCAAAAGCUGGAGAAUGGAGAGGACUUGCCCAAAGAGAACGAUGUACACAAAAUUACCAAGCUCAAGCAGAAAGUGAACUUCAACAUGAAAUGCGUGAUCCUAGAUUUUUCGAUGGUUAGUUAUAUUGACCCCUCCGGAAUUUCGAUGAUGAAAACAGUAGUAGAAGGUUUUAAGAAACUUGAUAUUUCCGUAUAUGUUUGUGGUUGCAACGAUCCGGUAUAUGACAUGAUGGAGAAAUGCGAGCUCAUCAAAACCCUGAAACCGUCUCUAAGAGUGUUCCAGAGUAUCCAUGAUGCUGUUAACUGUUCGUCGAGUUUGUUUGGCAUCGCACUGGAUGGUGGACAUAUUUAGUAUUUAAUAAAUUAUUACAAAAAUGUA